CCUUGAUAGGAGAGUAAGUCUCCGCCCACCAGAGUGGCAUUUUUGGUGUGAGAAAGCCUCGUUUGUCUCACAGGAAGAAGUUGAAAACAUGAAGAAAAGCGACAGUUGGAGACUUCACUAAACUUUUACGGGCUCAGCACAUAUCACCUCUUGGUGUUUGGAUGGAAAUGUGUUACUGUCACAGCGCAGAAAAGGUGCGCGCAUUGCAACAAGUGAACUAGUAGACGGGACGCAUUGCGCUGGAUCAGAGGUUUUAAAGUACCACAAGCAAAACUUUUACGGUUGCAGGCAUGUCGGAGCACAGGUCCAGUUUUCUUCACAUUGGAGAUAUCGUGUCUCUUUAUGCAGAAGGGACUGUCAAUGGAUUUAUCAGCACUUUAGGGUUGGUGGAUGACAGAUGCGUGGUGCAACCUGAGGCUGGAGAUCUUACGAACCCGCCGAAGAAAUUGAGAGAUUGUCUCUUCAAGGUUUGUCCCAUGAACAGAUAUUCUGCACAGAGACAGUUCUGGAAAGCAAAACAAGGAAAACAUGGGAACAACUCGCAGGGAGACCUCUUUAAGAAACUACAGCAUGCAGCAGAUUCGGAGCAGAAACAAAAUGAUACUGAAAACAAGAAAUUGCUGGGGGAAGUCGUCAAGUACAGUCGGGUUAUACAGCUUCUUCAUAUAAAAAGUAAUAAAUACCUGACGGUGAAUAAGCGGCUGCCGGCCCUGCUGGAGAAAAAUGCCAUGCGUGUAUCUCUGGACCCCUCAGGAAACGAGGGCUCCUGGUUCUACAUCCAACCAUUCUGGAAGCUACGGAGUGAAGGAGACAAUGUGGUGGUUGGAGAUAAAGUAGUCUUGAUGCCGGUCAAUGCAGGACAGCCUCUCCAUGCCAGCAACAUUGAACUUCUGGAUAACCAUGGCUGCAAGGAGGUGAACGCUUUGAACUGCAACACCAGUUGGAAGGUCACUCUCUUUAUGAAAUUUAGUGAAUACAGAGAGGAUGUCUUAAAAGGGGGAGAUGUGGUGAGGUUGUUUCAUGCUGAACAAGAAAAGUUUUUAACCUGUGAUGAAUACAAGAAACAGCAGUAUGUUUUCCUACGAGCUACUCUCCGCCAGUCAGCCACCUCUGCAACCAGCUCAAAGGCACUCUGGGAAGUGGAGGUGGUGCAUUAUGACCCAUGCAGGGGAGGAGCUGGUCAAUGGAACAGUCUGUUUCGCUUUAAACACCUCGCCACAGGACGCUAUCUUGCAGCAGAGGUAAAUCCGGAUUUUAAAGAUGAUAGCAUCGAAUCCAAACCUGAGGUGGAAACAGACACCUUGUACUCAAAGAAGAAGUGGCAUGCUGAAAAGAUCCCCUACAUCCUUGUUGCGGUGCCCCAUGGUAAUGACAUCGCCUCUCUCUUUGAACUGGAUGCCACUACCUUACAAAGAGCUGACUGCCUGGUGCCCAGGAACUCAUAUGUGAGACUCAGAAACUUGUGCACAAACACCUGGGUGACCAGCACCAGCAUUUACAUCGAUGGCGAGGAGGAAUCACCUGUUAUGCUCAAGAUUGGCACGUGUCAGAUGAAAGAGGAUAAGGAAGCGUUCUCCAUCAAUUCUGUCCCCCUGUCAGAAGUCAGAGACCUGGACUUUGCUAACGAUGCCAAAAAGGUUCUCGAGUCGUUCGUGCAUUCAUUGAAGAACAGCAGUUUCCCACUAACAAAUGAACGGAGAUUUACCACUAAGCUUUUGGAGGAUCUGGUCUUCUUUGUGUGUGAGGUGCCGAACAACGGGCAGGACGUACUCUCUGUGGUCAUGUCCAACCCCAACAGAGAAAGACAGAAACUCAUGAGAGAGCAGAACAUCCUUGCACAGAUCUUUGGCAUCUUGAAAGCCCCAAGUGCUGACAACAAGGAUUCACCCAUGCCGAAGCUUGAAGAUCUGGGGGAUCAGCGCAAUGCUCCAUUUAAGUACAUGCUACAGUUGUGUUACAGAAUCCUGCGCCAUUCCCAACAAGACUAUCGGAAAAAUCAGGAAUACAUAGCCAAAAAUUUUUCCAUCAUGCAAGGUCAGAUAGGUUAUGAGAUCCUGGCAGAAGACACAAUCACCGCUCUGCUGCACAACAACCGCAAACUGUUGGAGAAGCACAUCACCGCACAUGAGAUUGAGACUUUCGUCAAACUUCUCCGCAGGAACCGAGAGCCCAGGUUUCUAGAUUAUUUGUCUGACCUGUGUGUCUCCAACAAAACGGCUAUUCCUGUCACUCAGGAACUGAUCUGCAAAUACAUGCUGAGCUCCGCCAACGCAGACAUCCUCAUCCAGACAAAGCUAAUCCAACACAUAGACAGCUCUCUAGAGUCAUCUUUGGCCCAAGAGGAUGGUGAUGAUGAAGAGGUAUGGCUGUACUGGAUUGAUAGCAACAAAGAGCCACAUGGGAAGACUAUUCGCCACCUGGCUCAGGAUGCUAAGGAUGGAAAUAAGGUGGAUAUUGACAUCAUCACGUACUACAGGUGUCAACUUAAUCUCUUUGCUAAAAUGUGCCUGGACCGGCAGUAUCUCGCUAUCAAUCAGAUAUCCACACAGCUGCCUGUGGAUCUCAUCCUGCGCUGCAUGUUUGACGACUGCAUACCCUACAACCUACGCGCCUCCUUUUGCCGUCUGAUGCUGCACAUGCAUGUGGACCGAGACCCACAGGAGCCCGUGGCGACCGUUCGAUAUGCACGUCUCUGGACCGAAAUACCCUCUAAAAUCUCUGUUAAUGAGUAUGAAUACGAGUUUAAAGACACAACAAGAGAGGAAAUGAAGAGGAAGUUUGCUCCUACGAUGAGGUUUGUGGAUGAGUAUCUUAAAGAUGUGGUCAGCCAAUCGUACCCAUUCGGAGACCGAGAGAAAAACGAGUUGACCCUUGAGGUGGUCCACCUGGCACGUAAUCUGGUCUACUUUGGUUUCUACAGCUUUAGUGAGCUGUUGUACCUCACACGCACCCUGCUGGCCAUUUUGGACAUUGUCCAGCCAUCUUUCUCAUUUUUUUCCAAACUUUGCAAGACUCCUGAGGGAGGUAAUAAUGUCAUGCGUACCAUCCAUGGUGUGGGUGAGAUGAUGACUCAGAUGGUUCUGAGCAGAGGCUCAAUAAUGCCCCACAGUCUCCCCGAUGCUCAGCCAAUCCACGGAAAGCAAAUCUGUCUCCCUGACAACGAAGACGUCAUGGUGAUGGACACCAAGCUGAGGAUUAUUGAGAUUCUGCAGUUUAUAUUGAAUGUGCGUCUGGAUUACCGCAUCACCUACCUGCUGUCCAUCUAUAAGAAAGAGUUUGGUGAUCAGACUUUGGACAGUUCUACCUCAGUGUCAGAAAUUCCCAUCAUGUCUGAGCCAAACAUAGAAGAGAUUGCAGAGAAAGCAGAGAAUAUGUUUUCUGGAAGUGCUAAAGAAAGAAGUCCAGUGGAUCUCGACAAUGAAGGCGGUCAGACUUUUCUGCGUGUCCUCAUUCAUCUCAUUAUGCAGGACUACCCUCCGCUGGUCUCUGGCUCUCUGCAGCUCAUCUUCAAACACUUCAGCCAGAGAGCUGAAGUUCUUCAGGCCUUCAAACAGGUCCAAUUGGUGGUUUCUGAGCAAGAUGUUGAAAACUACAAACAGAUUAAGGCAAACCUUGACCAGCUGCGUCUGACGGUGGAGAAGUCCGAGCUGUGGGUUGAGAAGAGCGGGAGUUACGGGAGUGAAGAAAUCACAGAGAAUCAAACUAAAGAGGGGAAUUUAGAGGAAGUGAGUAUUUUGAGUCCAGUGCAGGAUGGCAACCAUAAACCUCAAAUAGACAGCAACAAGGCUAAUAACUACAAAAUUGUAAAAGAGAUCCUGCUGAGUCUCAGUAAACUCUGCUACCUUGCUAAGAAGAGUCGUGUGCAACAACAGAGGCUGCUGAAAAACAUGGGAGCUCACACUGUGGUGCUGGAGCUGCUCCAGAUUCCAUAUGAGAAAGGCGAUGAGAAGAUGGAUGAGAUCAUGACUCUAGCGCACACUUUUCUUCAGAACUUCUGUAGAGAUAAUCCUCAGAACCAGGCACUGCUGCACAAACAUCUUAACCUGUUCCUUACACCUGGGCUUCUCGAAGCAAAGACCAUGCGCUACAUCUUCAGGAACAACUAUGUCCUGUGCAGCGAGAUAAGUGACCGUGUGGUGCACCAUUUUGUGCAUUGCAUUGAGACCCACGGGCGCCACGUGCAGUACUUGCGCUUCCUCCAGACCAUCGUCAAGGCUGAUGGCAAAUACGUGAAAGAGUGUCAGUGCAAAGUCAUGAAUGAGCUGGUGAAUGGCGGUGAAGAUGUGCUGGUAUUCUACAAUGACCGCGCCUCCUUCCCCAAACUGCUAGAUAUGAUGCGUUCUGAGCGGGAUCGCAAUGAUGAGAACGGUGAUCUGGGAUAUCACAUCACUCUGGUGGAGCUUUUGGCGGCAUGCACAGAGGGCAAGAACGUGGACACCGAGCUCAAGUGCCAUUCACUCCUGCCGCUCGAUGACAUCGUCAGGGUGGUUAUGGAUGACGACUGCAUUCCAGAGAUAAAAACAGCUUAUGUAAAUUUUGUGAAUCACUGUUAUGUGGACACUGAAGUGGAGAUGAAGGAGAUCUACACCAGCAAUCAUAUUUGGAUGCUCUUUAAAAAUUUCCUUGCAGAUAUGGCCAGGGUGUGUAACAGCACCACAGACAGGAAGCAUGCUGACGCAUCCCUCGAAAAGUACGUCACCGACACCAUCAUGGCAAUUGUGAAGGGCUUCUUCGGCUCCCAGUUUUCCGUCAGCAACUCCAACCUGCAGACCCAUCAACCAAUAUUCAUCCAGAUAUUGCAGUCGGCCUGCAGACUCUACAACUGCACAUGGCUCAACACCCUGCAGAAAACCAACAUUGAGUGUUGCAUUAAAACACUCGCUGAUGUGGCUAAAAACCGGGCCAUCCCCAUUCCAGUGGACCUGGAUGGUCAAGUCAAUGCUUUGUCCCUGAAAACACAUACCAACAUGGUGCAGCGUGCAGCUAAGGAUUGGAGACUGUCGGCUCGCGCCCGGCCCCGCAAAGAGCCCUUCGGGGCCCCUGACUAUAAAAACAUCAUUGAGAAACUACAGGGAGUUGUGUCGUGUCUGGAAGAGAAGUUCAGCCCUUGGGUCCAUGCAGAGUUUUCUGUUUUAGUAGACGUGCUCCAAAAUCCAGAGAUGUUGUUUCCUGAGUCAACACGGCUACGCUGCGAGACUGGAACCUUCAUGUCCAAGCUCAUCAAACACACCAAGAAGCUCAGGGAGAAAGAGGAGAAGUUGUGCAUUAAGAUCCUGCAGACCUUACGAGAGAUGCUGGAUAAAAGGGAGACAUUUGAGGACCAAGGUAACACGCUAAGGAAGACUCUCCUCACCCAUUACUUCGGCAACCAGCGUCCCCACGUCAAAUCCCUGGACUACAGCAGUGGAAACAGCUCUUCCUCUGGAGGUGGUUCACCCGGGCAAGACUCUGAUAAACCCGGCACCAGUCUUGUGGAUAUUCAGUGUAUGCUGGACAGUGUUGGAGCAUCUGAGCUGGUCAUUGAUCUCAUUGUUAGCACUAAGAAUGACCGUAUAUUUGAGGAGAGCAUUCAGCUGGGCAUCGCAUUGCUUAGAGGAGGAAAUACACAGAUCCAGUACUCUUUUUAUAAUCUGCUACGCAAGCAGAAGAAGUGUGAGAAUUUCUUCAAGGUCUUUUACGAUCGCAUGGAGCAGGCUCUGAAAGAGAUUCGCUCCAGCGUGUCAGUCAACAUGUUUGAGCUUAGCUGCAGGAAGAGAGAGGAGGAAGUGGAGGGCCCGGGUAUGAGGCAUAAAAAAGUUCGAGAUUCCUUGCUCCUCCGAGAAGAGAUGCGAGGUCAGCUGAAAGAUGCUUCCUCUGUCACCUCCAAAGCAUAUGGCGUCUUUCGUCGGGAACUGGACCCUGAUUACGAGCUGAUGGGAAAUGGAAUGGAGGGGGUAGAGGAGGUGGAGGAGGAAAUUCAGAUGAGCCAGGCCAUCACCAUCAUGAAACCCAUCCUGCGGUUCCUCCAGCUGCUCUGCGAGAACCAUAACAGGGAUUUGCAGAACUUUCUGCGAGAUCAGAGCAACAAGACCAAUUAUAACUUGGUGUGCGAGACGCUGCAGUUUCUUGACUGUAUCUGUGGAAGCACAACGGGAGGUUUGGGGCUGCUGGGUCUCUACAUUAAUGAGAGGAAUGUGGACCUGGUCAAACAGACGCUGGAGACCAUCACAGAGUACUGCCAGGGCCCUUGUCACGAGAACCAGUCAUGCAUAGCCAGGCAUGAGUCAAAUGGCAUUGACAUCAUCAUAGCCCUCAUCGUGAACCCGAUUGAUCCGUUGGGGAAGAACCGCCUUGACCUUGUGCUGGAGCUGAAGAACAAUGCAUCUAAACUUCUUCUGGCCAUCAUGGAGAGUCGUCAAGACAGUGAGAAUGCUGAGAAGAUCCUGAGCAAAAUGACAAGAUGGGGCAAUGAACUGGUUGACGUGAUAAAGGAGGCCUACGUUCAGGGAGAAGAAAGUGAGAUUGAUCAGGAGACAUCAGAUCAGAUCAGACCUAAAGAUGUUGGCCAUAACAUCUACAUCCUGGCUCAUCAGUUGGCACGCCACCGAAAAAUCCUCCAGCAGAGUUUGAAACCUGGCCCUGACCUCGAUGACGACGGAGAGGAUGCACUUCGAAACUACGCCAACCACACUGCACAGAUAGAGAUCGUGCGUCACGACCGCACGAUGGAGCAGAUAGUGUUUCCAGUGCCCAACAUUUGCGAAUACCUAACAGAAGAAUCAAAAGUGCGCGUGUUCACCACAACAGAGCGAGAUGAUCAGGGCAGCAAGGUCAAUGACUUCUUUCUUCAGUUCGAUGACCUUUACAAUGAGAUGAGGUGGCAGAAGAAAAUACGAAGUAAUCCACCACUUUUCUGGGUGUCCAAACAUAUAUCUUUAUGGGGCAGUAUUUCCUUUAACUUGGCUGUGUUGGUCAAUUUGGCUGUGGCUCUUUUCUACCCAUUUGGAGAUGAUGGGGAUGAAGGUACGUUGCCUCCCCUCCUUUCCAUCUUGGUUUGGGUGGCUGUGGCGGUGAGCACCUUCAUGUUGUUCGUCUUGCCCCGGCCCGGCGGCAUCUUGGCGUUUCUGGUCACCGUCAUCUUCCGCUCUAUAUAUACGUUGGGUUUAGCACCCACGUUGCUGCUGCUGGGGGCUGUCAAUCUGCUGAAUAAAAUUGUAUUCCUGGUGAGUUUUGUGGGGAACCAGGGCACGUUCACAAGAGGGUACAAGGCGGUCAUAAUGGACAUCUUCUUCCUUCUCCAUGUCGGUUACAUCAUUGUGUGCAUGCUGGGUCUGUUUGUACACGAGUUCUUCUAUAGCAUUCUGUUGUUUGAUCUGGUGCGCAGAGAAGAAACGCUCUUAAACGUGAUGAGGAGCGUGACGAAGAACGGGCGCUCGAUCUUCCUCACAGCUGUUCUGGCCAUCAUCCUGGUCUACCUCUUUUCCAUUGUGGGUUUCCUCUUCUUUAAAGAUGACUUUCUGAUGGAGGUGGACCAUCAUCCUGCUUUAAAGAGACCAAACAUGAGGGAAUCCAUGAGUUGUUUAGGGGAGUCUUGUCCUAACUCCCCCUUCAGCCCUCACCAUGUGGAUGAAGAUGAUGGUGUAGAGCGUGUGUGCGACACUCUGCUGAUGUGCAUCAUCACGGUUCUCAACCACGGGCUGAGGAACGGAGGAGGAAUCGCAGAUGUUCUGCGCAAACUUUCCAAAGAAGAGCCCAUGUUUCCAGCUCGUGUCGUGUUCGACCUCUUGUUCUUCUUCAUCGUCAUCAUCAUUGUGUUGAACCUCAUUUUUGGUGUGAUCAUCGACACUUUUGCUGACUUGAGGAGUGAGAAACAAAGGAAGGAAGAGAUUUUAAAGACUACCUGCUUCAUUUGUGGCCUUGAAAGAGACAAGUUUGAUAACAAGACCGUAUCCUUCGAGGAACACAUCAAGUCGGAGCACAACAUGUGGCACUAUUUAUACUUUCUGGUCUUGUUGAAGGUGAAAGACCCCACCGAGUACACCGGCCCCGAAAGCUACGUGGCCCAGAUGAUAAAGGAAAAGAAUCUAGACUGGUUUCCAAGGAUGCGAGCCAUGUCUCUGGUGAGCGCCGAGGGAGAAGGCGAACAGAACGAGAUACGAUUGCUGCACGAGAGAUUGGACACCACCGUCACACUCGUGGCUCAGCUGUCUAGCCAGCUGGCUGAGCUUAAAGAACAGAUGACAGAGCAAAGGAAGAAUAAACAGAGAUUGGGCUUCCUGGGACCAUCACAGAUUAACCAUCCGAUCCCUCCUGCACACUGAGGACAGACGUCAUCACACACAGAUGCUCACAUUCACACCAUGAACAACACUCAUGGUGGUAUCACACUUUACAUCAUGACCUGACAGCUGUCAGGUUACAUGAACAGACCUGACUAAAAAGUGUCAUCUCAAAUAAGUGAUAUACAGUAGAUGUCUCGUGGAUAUUUACAGUUUACUCCUGUUGGGAUUUAUUUUUCUGGAAAAUCACAAACACUGUGUUUGUUGCCAGUAUUGUUUAGGGCAGAAAUGCACAGUACAAUGUUUAACUUAGACAGCCUUUGGAAGGGCUGUCUGGUUUUUAAACUUAAAGUAUUAACAUUUUAAUCAUCAUGUAAAUAACUGGAUGAUUUCUGUAAGUCAAUGUGCUGGAUUAACCAGAGUGCCUAUAGCCAUGUACUUUUUAGAUCUACAGUCUUACUAUGCCUUACCGUAGUAUUACUGGAAAACAUAAGACUGGAAAAAUUGUCAUUUUGUUAUUCAAUCAUGUGACCCGUUAAAUCUGUGUUCCUCCUUUUACAAAGAUCUAAACCAUCUCAAUUCUAGUCUUAACUGGUAACUGAUUUUUACUUUGUUUUUAAGUAAAAAAAAAAAUGUGUGCCUUAGGAAACUGUACAGAGAAUAAUAAAGAUAUAUAUUUGUUUAUCAGAA